UGCUCGAUAAUAUAUAUAUUUCACACAACCCCGCCAUCAAAGACCAGCAUCAUCCCCCUUUUGGAGAUUAAAACAAAAAAGAGAGAUGUUCAGUGCUAAGAAGUUAGCAGAAUCAUCUAGUAGUAGUAGUAGUAGUAGUGUGGUGGGUCUUCCCUCAGAAUAUGUGUAUCUGAAAAAUAAUAGCGAUGAGAAAUACAUUAUUUUGGACGAUGAAGAAGCUCAAAAUAUUACAAUUCCAACGAUUGACUUUUCACAGCUUAUCUCUUCCAAUUCCUCUGACCGUUCUAAGGCAAUCCAACAAUUAGGCCAUGCCUGCACCCACUGGGGUUUCUUUAUGCUUAUCAAUCAUGGAGUGUCAGAGACACUGAGGGAGGAGCUGCUUAGGGCAAGCCAAAGCUUUUAUGAUUUGCCUGAGCAAGAUAGAAAGCAAUAUGAAGGAGGGAAUAUAUUGGAUCCAAUAAAGUGUGGGACAAGCUUCAAUGUCAAUGUGGAAAAGAACCUAUUGUGGAGGGAUUAUCUCAAAUGCCAUGUUCAUCCUCGUUUUCAUGCUCCACUCAAGCCCACAGGUUUUAGCAAAAUCAUAGAAACAUAUUGCAAAACGAGUAGGGAGAUCGUUGGAGAGUUACUAAAAGGAAUAUCAAUAAGCUUGGGCCAAGAGGAAAACUACAUACACAAAGUGAUCAAUUAUGAAUCGGGCUUCCAAAUAUUUGUUAUUAACUUUUACCCACCUUGUCCUAAGCCUGAGUUAGCAAUGGGUCUACCUCCACAUUCAGAUCAUGGGCUUCUAUCCUUAUUGUUGCAAAAUGAUCUUCAAGGGCUUCAAGUUCUUCAUAAUUGCAAGUGGAUCCCUAUCCAACCUUUACCCAACUCCUUUCUAGUUAACACUGGGGAUCACAUGGAGAUACUGACCAAUGGAAAAUACAAGAGCAACAUACAUCGUGCUAUUGUGAAUAAUAAAGGUACAAGAAUUACCAUAGGUGCGGCACAUGGGCCACCGCUUGACGACACUUUUGGCCCUGCAACUCAGCUGCUUGGGGAGCAUGAUCUCCCUUUAUAUCAAGCCAUUAAAUAUAGAGAUUAUAUGAAUCUUCAGCAAAGCAAUGCAUUGGACAACAAGAGUUGCUUAGAUCAUGUUCGCAUUUGAAUUGAAUGUGUGUUUCGUGUCAUGCUUGUGUUUGUAAUUUGUGAUUGAAUUGAUUGUGGGAAUGAAAUUUAGACUUAUCAGCUUGUCUAGUUGAAAAAUAAAUGGAGAACGAUAAUUACUGUAUUGUAUUGAAUUGAAUAGAACAGUGAAUCUUAUAUAUGUUUGUAUC